UAAACGCACUACUACUUCUUGAGCCUCUUCGACCUCACAAACCAAUGGCUCCAAGAACUUCCCUUGCACUCUUCCUUUCUCUCAACCUCCUCUUCUUCACUUACACCUCUGCGGCCACCCCGAGCAGACAGACUUGUCCUAGAGAUUCCCUACAGCUCGGUGUUUGCGCCAAUGUACUCAAGCUAGUGGACCUAACAUUGGGAAACCCACCUGUAAAGCCAUGCUGCUCUCUCAUCCAAGGCUUGGCUGACCUUGAAGCUGCUGUCUGCCUCUGCACUAUGCUCAAGGUUAACCUUCUUGGGAUCAACCUUAAUCUUCCCAUCGAUCUCAGCGUUCUCCUCAAUGUUUGCAGUAGAAAAGCUCCAAAGAACUUCCAGUGCGCGUAAGUUGAAUAGUGUUUAUGAAGUCUUGGACCUAUUUUCUUAUCUUCUUGUUUUAUGGUAAGGUGAUUUCGUUUUGUAAUUUUCUUGAAUUGUUUAAGUGAACGUACGUUCUCAUGCAAUAAUGGAUAAUGCAUGCAUGGGUUUGUGUAUACAAUACAUGUAUUUGGCAAGUUUGUACUCCUUUACUUCAUUGUUACCCCGUCCCUUCUUUGUAAUCUAUUUUUCGAAUUUGAUAUAAUAAAUUCACUUCUUACCAUAA